CAGCCAUGGACGGGGUCCGGGCGCUGAAGAAAGCUCUCCGCAAGGACAUCGACCAGAAACUACGGCAGCUCACUGCUGAUGAGAUUGCCGAAGCGAGCGCACAACUCACGGCGCAUCUCAUUCAACAUCCAGCUUUUGUCAUGGCAAAAACAGUGUGUGCAUACUUGCCCAUGCCGAACGAAGCGUCCACGUCCGGCAUCAUCGACGAGAUUUUUGCCCAAGGCAAAAAGCUGUACGUUCCAAAAGUCACCGGUCCUCGGUCCGAAGAUAUGGUGAUGCUGCAUGUGGCUUCGCAACGUGACAUCGACGCGUUUCCCAAGAGCAAAUGGAACAUUCCCGAGCCAUGGUUCGAGCAUCCCCACGGCGGUCUGCGUGAUAGUGCACUGGAUGAAGUAGAUCUCGACUUGAUCCUCGUCCCUGGCGUUGCCUUUGACGGGCAGUGCAACCGGUUGGGCCAUGGCAAGGGAUACUAUGACUGCUUCUUCGAUCGAUAUGCGUCCAAGACGAAUGGGUUAUUGCCACCCAUGCUGGGCGUUGCGCUGGCCGAGCAGAUCGUAUCGCGAGUUCCAACUUGCGAACACGACAAAGCGUUGGACGCAGUUGUCACUCCACAUGGCGUCGUCUCGACUCGGUCGUCCACGUCAUGACGCCCGCGGUCUCUCUUCUGGCAUCUCCUGUGCGUUUUCAAAUAACCACCAAUCUAGCCCGUGGCCGCUUUGCACAGCGGCACUCGAACGCUUGAGCCCGUUCUGAUCUUCACGAUGGAGGUGGAUGAACCACGAUGUGAGCAUAGGAUGCCAGCGAUGUUUUCACCGCGAUGUCUCGAGGGAUUUUGUCGUGACUUGCCAAGACAAAGAUAUGUCCGAUGUGGUGACUUGCGUGUUGGCGAAUUUGCGGGCGAAUCUCCAACGACGACGAUGGCGAGCGAGCUGCAACAAGCACGCCAUGGGCUUGGCAUUCUGGUGCUCAUCACGGUCUACCGACGCGAUGAAAUGAUCCACGAACAUGCAUGACACCGUUUUGAAGGGAGAGAAGCACACAUGGAAAAACAGAAUGGAUCAUGUCAAUGCAAGUGGGCUCAUGCCAACGAGACCAGUCGCUCCCCAGUCUACAUGAGGACGCAGCACGAGUUGGUCUUCUUCGCUUGCUUGUAAAAUACUUUGGACU